CGCCAUCUCCGGGCGCCCGGCUGGGGGGGCGCUGGGUGUGGGGCGGCUCCGGGGCCGGGGAUGGCGGCGGCCGCGGUUGCGGCGGCUCCGGGACGAGCGGGUGGAUCCCGGGAAGCGCUGUGAAAUGGGCCGGCUCCCGAGCCAGCCGGGAGGACACUUACUACAGCUGCUCAGAAGCACCACUGGAAGCUCAGCAGAUGUGGGCACCCCAGCCAGAAGCAGAGAGGGGUACAGGGAAGCCACAGCGAAGCCCCUUCUGAUGCCCCAGGGAGCAAGCCGACUCCUUCCAGGCUCCAGGAACACCACAAAGCAAUAUGAAACCUGUUCAUGAGAGGAGUCAGGAAUGCCUUCCACCAAAGAAACGAGACCUCCCCGUGACCAGCGAGAAUAUGGGGAGAACUACCAGCUGCUCCACUAACCACACACCCUCCAGUGAUGCCUCUGAUUGGUCCCGAGGGGUUGUGGUGGCCGGGCAGAGCCAGGCAGGAGCUAGAGUCAGCCUGGGGGGUGAUGGAGCUGAGGCUAUCACCGGUCUGACAGUGGACCAGUAUGGCAUGCUGUAUAAGGUGGCUGUGCCACCUGCCACCUUCUCACCAACUGGCCUCCCAUCUGUGGUGAAUAUGAGCCCCUUGCCCCCCACGUUUAAUGUAGCGUCUUCACUGAUUCAACAUCCAGGCAUCCACUAUCCCCCAAUCCACUAUGCUCAGCUCCCAUCCACUUCGCUGCAGUUCAUUGGGUCUCCUUAUAGCCUUCCCUAUGCUGUGCCACCUAAUUUCCUACCAAGUCCCCUCCUAUCUCCUUCUGCCAACCUUGCCACCUCUCACCUUCCACACUUUGUGCCAUAUGCCUCACUUCUGGCAGAAGGAGCCACUCCUCCGCCGCAGGCUCCCUCCCCGGCCCACUCAUUUAACAAAGCCCCGCCUGCCACCUCCCCACCUGGGCAAUUGCCGCAUCAUUCAAGUACUCAGCCCCUGGACCUCGCUCCAGGCCGGAUGCCCAUUUAUUAUCAGAUGUCCAGGUUACCUGCUGGGUAUACUUUGCAUGAAACCCCUCCAGCAGGUGCCAGCCCAGUUCUUACCCCUCAGGAGAGCCAGUCUGCUCUGGAAGCAGCUGCUGCAAAUGGAGGACAGAGACAGCGAGAGCGAAAUAUCGUAAGACGGGAAAGCGAAGCCCUUGACUCCCCCAACAGCAAGGGUGAAGGCCAGGGACUGGUGCCCGUGGUAGAAUGUGUGGUGGAUGGACAGUUGUUUUCAGGUUCUCAGACUCCACGGGUGGAGGUAGCGGCCCUGGCACACCGAGGGACUCCGGACACUGACCUCGAGGUCCAGCGGGUGGUUGGCGCUUUAGCUUCUCAGGACUAUCGUGUGGUGGCAGCUCAGAGGAAGGAGGAACACAGCCCCCUCAACCUAUCCCAUCAUACCCCCGACCAUCAGGGUGAGGGACAGGGGUCAGCCAGGAACACUGCAGAGCUGGCAGAGAAAAAUCAGGUCCGUGGGUUCUACCCUCAGUCCCAUCAGGAACCAGUAAAACAUAGACCUUUACCCAAAGCAAUGGUUGUAGCCAAUGGCAACCUGGUGCCCACUGGAACUGACUCAGGCCUGCUGCCUGUGGGCUCGGAGAUCCUGGUAGCAUCAAGUCUGGACGUGCAGGCCAGAGCCACCUUCCCAGACAAGGAGCCAACACCGCCCCCCAUUACCUCCUCCCACUUGCCUUCCCAUUUCAUGAAAGGCGCCAUCAUCCAGCUGGCUACGGGAGAGCUGAAGCGGGUGGAGGACCUCCAGACCCAGGAUUUUGUGCGCAGUGCCGAAGUGAGCGGGGGGCUGAAGAUCGACUCUAGCACGGUCGUGGACAUUCAGGAGAGCCAAUGGCCUGGAUUUGUCAUGCUGCAUUUUGUGGUUGGUGAACAGCAGAGCAAAGUGAGCAUCGAGGUGCCCCCUGAGCACCCCUUCUUUGUAUAUGGCCAGGGUUGGUCCUCCUGCAACCCUGGGCGGACGACACAGCUCUUCUCUCUGCCCUGCCAUCGGCUACAGGUGGGAGAUGUCUGCAUCUCUAUCAGUUUACAGAGCUUGAACAGUAACUCAGUUUCUCAGGCCAGCUGCGCUCCCCCAGGCCAGCUGGGUCCCCCCCGAGAAAGGCCUGAGAGGACGGUCUUGGGACCCAGAGAGCUAUGUGACAGUGAGGGGAAGAGCCAGCUGGCAGGAGAGGGCUCCCAUGUGGUAGAGCCUUCCCAGCCUGAGCCCGGUGCUCAGGCCUGCUGGCCAGCCCCAAGCUUCCAAAGAUACAGCAUGCAAGGGGAGGAGGCACGGGCCGCACUGCUCCGUCCCUCUUUCAUUCCACAGGAGGUAAAGCUGUCCAUUGAAGGGCGUUCCAAUGCAGGAAAAUGAAACUUUCCCAGACCAGGACUGUGGGCUUUACCCCAGAGCUGAGCCUCGCCGCCGUGAGCAGGCAGAGGAUUUGCACACGCCAAGCAGGGAAUGGCUUACUUGGCAGUGAGAUUUGGGGGAAAGGGGAGGCAUGAAGUCAGCCUCUCAAGGCAGGAUCUGUUGCUCAUUACUCCCAUGGCGUCCUUUCAGGACAACCCCAGAGGGUGUUGUGAUGGGGAGCAGCAGGCCUGGGGCAAGGAAGGAAGGGGGUGCACACAGGAGAAGAAACAUUCCAAAAUCAGGGCCUCCCUGUCCUUUCCUCCCCAUCCCUAGCUCCUGCAAAGGAAAGUCCAGGCUUUGGGAGCAGAUGGCAGAGGGAGGGAGUAAAGAAAGAGCCAAAAAUGAUGAUCCACAGCUUAUAGUAGCAGUUAAACUGUCAGAAGUUUUUUUCCUUUUUUGUGGUGGAAGGGCAGGAGGCCCCAAGGUUGGAAAUAAGAGGGUUCCCACCCAGAACCCUUCUUGUGAGAGAUGUGCACUUUAAAGGGUGAUUUUGUUCCAGAUGUCUAUGGCUGGGUGUUUGGGGGAGGAGCACUCUCAUCGACAGGACUCUGCUUGAUCCUCUGCUUCAUAGCCGUCCCCAUCUCUCUUCACCAUUCCGCCUACAAGGCUUCUAGCAGCAUGGGGGCCCAGAGAAGGAGCCCCUGCAGGGUGCAGAGUGAAGUACUGCCUUGCCAGGGACUCAGUCAGGGGACUUUGGGAGAAAGACUUGAUAGCCAGGCUGACUGGGUUCUAGGCAGGGCUUCUGGAAUGGUAGCUCACCUAAGAAAGCUCCUCCAACUCAGUAUGCCAGACCCACUUUGAAAUCUCACAGAAUCUCGUUGGUAAUGGUGACUUUAGAAAGAGCUAGUAGACUCUUCCCCAGGCACCAACCCCCCACCUUUGUCUGUGUUGUGCCUAAGUGCCUGCGCCGCCCCCACCCUCCUGCUACCCUGACCUCUGCAUGGUGUCGUGACCUGGGCCUCGUUUGUAGCUGCACUGCCUUUCCUUGUCUGCAAAGUUGGUUUUGUCCACUCUGACCAAGACCUCUAGUUUUUGGUGGGUAAGGGGUCUUUUGGGUUUCCCCAUCAGCUAUAAUCUCUUAUUUUUAAAAUCUCAAAAUCAUGUCCCCUCCACUUCCACUGCCAAACAGCUAGGUGGAGAAACAGGAAGGGAACUGUGCCCUGGGCCAGGGCGAAUUCGUGGCUGGGCAGUGCCCAUCAUGGCAUUUUCACAUGUCCCAUAUGUCCCCUCCUGUCUUAUUCCACUGCUUCUCCCAGCAUUCUGGCAUCUCCAAGCUAUCCCCUUCCACCACUAGCUCUAAGAUUCUAGGAUAGUCUUGAUAACAUUUCAAUACCUGAGGUAGAUGUCAUUUUGUGG